AUGGAAACGUCCGGCUCUAAGGGAGAGGUGAAAACGGAGCGGUGCAAUGAGGCGGAAGCGUCAGCGGUGAUAGAAGCCGCAGGAGCCGCGGCGACUGAUGGUACAGAAUUUACGGCGAAAGUUGCAGGAGACGCACCGAUUGAAGCUACAGCAGCCGUGGCGAGUAAAUUCGCAGGAGACGCGGCGAUUGAAGCAGCAGAAAAAGCGGAAAUCAAAGUCGAAAGUGGGCCGGUUGACCAUGUGGAGAGACGAGUGGAAGAAACGUCAGUUCCGGCUGGUGAAGCGAGCGAGGAUGUGAAGAUGGAAGACGUAAACGUCGCGGGCCACGGCAGCAACGAUGCGACUGAUGUCAGCAACCUUGCGACUGAGGCCAGCCAAGGUGCAACUGACGGCAGCAACGACGCGAACAAGGAUGACGGCACUGGCGAUGUCGGCGCUGCGAGCGACAAGGAUGGCGACACUGCGAAGGAUGACGCCGAGGCGAGGUCUGCAAAUCCCGCAAUGGAUGACGACAGCGCCGCUAAUUGCAGCUCCCCUCGGGCGACGUCACCAAGGGCUAACGACGCUUCGGCGAUGUCGCCUCCUAGAGACCCCGCAGUCGCCGCGCUAGGCGUUGAGACCAACGGCGACACGCCUCCGCCGUCAAAGCCUGGUGCCGGCACGCCGAGCUUCUCCGUGGGGACGCCGUCAGUUGCGGCGGAUACUCCGCGGCAGAAGAAUAUUAGUCCGGACAGCCAGUCCAGCCUGGUCGAUCCAGGCCUGGUCGCAGAUGAGAACGCGGCGCCGUUCACCAUCAGCCAAUGGCAGCAGCUGGAGCAGCAAGCGCUCAUUUUCAAGUACCUCGUCUCCGGCGCCGCCGUCCCUCCUGAACUCAUCGACUCGCUCUAUUCCACCUCGGACUCGCCUCGCCAAUCACCCGACGGCCCUGCGUCGUGGGCCACGCCGCUCAAGGACGCGGAGCCCCUCAGGUGCCGCCGCACCGACGGCAAGAAGUGGCGGUGCUCGCGAGAGGCGGUGACGGACCAGAAGUACUGCGAGCGCCACAUGCACCGCGGCCGAAACCGGCUGGGCAAAUCGCGAAGGCUCAGCGACAAGGCGACGGCCGGAUCGUCGCUGUCCAUCCAGGCCGCAUCGUCCGAGGGGCCCAUGGGGUGCGUGGAGGGCACGUGCUCCGCCAUGACUGACACGUGCACCGACACGCCCUGCCACAAGGGCCUCGUGCCGAAGUUCGAGCUCGGUUCGGUGUCGAAGAUGGAAAUAGGCUCGGUGUCGAAGCUGCGGUUGAACACGGACGAUGUGGGCUCGACUGUUACCCGCGGGUCCCCUCCGCCUCCGCUUGCGCUGCCCCCGCCCGCGCAGCCUGUCGGCGCGGACCAGGCGCGCACUCCCGCCUCCAAGACCUCGGGCCUUGGUUGCUCCAAGCAACUCGCCAUCGAGCUGUCCCCGGAGAACACGGGAUCACCCGUCCCGACCAACCAACAGCCCCACGACCCUGCGUGCACCCCGUCCGCUACUGCUGCUCCCGCCGCCUCUGCCAGCGCAGUCACUGGCUCCGAUACCGCUGCAGCCCCGCCGUCCCGUGCCAUGUUCACCCCGUUCGGCCUCCCUGAGCCCACGCCCGCUCCUUCCACUUCCUCCGCGCCUCCCCCUGAAGCCGCAUCCAACAGUAAGUUGCUCGUCUCUGGCGGCUCAGACUGUUACAACCCUCAGCAGCCGCAGCAGCAGCAGCAGCAGCAGCAGCAGCAGCAGCAGCCCUUUGAGCAGCAGCAGCAGCAGCAGCCCUUUGAGCAGCAGCAGCACUUCGGGGCGGACCCGCGGCUGCAGAAGUCGCAGUCAAUGCCGUGCCACAGCAGCGGCAGCAGCAACGGCCGGAUUCAGCUGCAGCUGAACGGCUCUCUGGGCCCUCGCCUCACCUCCACCUUCCAACCCGGGCACAGCAUAGUGGAAGGCGACGAAGGCAGCCCCGCCCCCAUGCCUCCGCAGCAGCCACAGCAGCAGCAUGCGCUGAUGCCCUCGCGAUCCAUGCCGCCCCGCCAACAGCAGUCAGGUGCGUCAAACGCCCUGUACUCUCAGCAGCAACAGCCUGCCGGGCGCAUGGGCUCGCCGCCUCGCAUGCAGCGGUCCACGUCGCUGGUGCUGGGCGGCGGGCAGCGGCUGUGUCUGCAGGUGCCGCCCAGCGGUAACUCACGGACGCCCGUCUCCUCCAGCGGAAUGGCGCCUGCUGGUGCCGCUGCUGGUGCUGACACUGCUGGCGCUGGUGGUGGUAACGGCGUGGGGCAGCUCCAGCCGGGGCACUACCAGCUGCAGACGGGCGGACGAGGUCCCAAUGGCGCUCCGCCUCUCCAGCAGCAACAGCCGCACUCCCAAACCCUCCCCAUGCCCCUCGGGGGACUCGCCUCUUCCAGCAGCACCACCAGCAGCACCAGCAGCGGUGGGGGCGUGAAGGUGCCUCUGCUGCGCCUGCCCAGCCUCGUCCAGAGGCCGCCCGCCCACCCGUCCCCCUUGGGCCCGCCUCCCUCCAGCCUCAGCAGCCACGGUUCUGGUCUGUCGGCAUCCAGUAUGGCAUCUCCAAUUGGCACCCCCGUGGGCACCCCUAUGGGCGCGCCUCACAGCAACCCCUACGUGCUCACGCGCUGCAGCUCCGUGCCUGAGCCCAGGCAUGGGCGGCCGCACCUCAUGCGCUCCCAGUCCAUGUUUGAGUCGCCCCGGAAGAGCUUCGUUGCUGCGCCCUCCGACCAGUACUGCCCCCCGCCCCUGGACCUGCUCAAUGGCUCGGAUGGUUGUGGUCCAUGGGAGGAGGCAUCAGCCUUGAUUGGCCGCUCACCCAAUCUGGGUCCGCUGCCGUGUGUGGAAGACGCUGACGACUGCGGCCUCAUCAGCGGGCCGCCCUCACAGUACUUCUCUGUCAACCCUUCCGACUCCCAGGAUGCCUUCCUGGCCGCCUGA